GCGGGCUGUCGGUGCUGUUUGUCCAGCCGUAGCUCCAACAAUGCAGCUUUUAAUGGUGCUGUGAGCGGUGCGAACUGAAAACGCUGCAGCACCGCAGGCUUGUCCGGAGACUGCAGUCGUACAAAUCCAGCACAACGACGUUUUUACGGUUUGACAAACCCGCCGGGCGGCUGUGACUCAGUUUUUAAGACAUCCUGCACUCUUCGGCUGGGGUUCCUGUUUUGAAAAGGAAGAGGACUUCAGAAGCCCCAUUUCUAUAGGAAUUCCUGACAAGGGGACAGAAAAUGAGCACGUCCCAGGUAGAAGCCACAGGCCCAUCCAUCUAUCCAGCUGACCUGUGAGCAGCCAUGCCCUCCCUGCAUCACCCGUCGAGGGGAACCCCUCUCCAGAUGCGGGACUGUUUUCUGACAUAGAUUUGGAAGAGUAGCUGAACCUCACAACAGAAAUGGCUUUAGUUUGUGUGGGUCACAUCAGAGUACAUAUUAGAAUACAGGUGAGGCUGAACCUCUAGCCGAUAUCCACAGGACUCUUACAGAGGAGAGGAGCUAAACAGCCUCAUAUGACCUUUACAGAAGGACAGAGCUGCAGCCCACCUUUGAUGAUUUAGUAUCCAUCCCACUGCCUUGCUGACAAGGUCGUACCAUGGCUGCUGCUGAUCCCCAUAGCAACGGUUCCUUGGUGCGGCGAGGAGCAGACUGAGAGCGUCAACAAUGCAGCGUAACGGUGGAGGGGUGGGUGUCGGUGGUCAGCCAUGGGUGUUGCGGCGCGUGCGUCUCACCUGGCUCAGUUUCAUGCUCUUCUUCAUCCUGGUCUUCUUCCCACUCAUUGCCCACUACUACCUCACUACCAUUGACGAAGCUGGGGGUCCUGAUAAGCGCAUUUUCGGGCCACGGCCCGGUGGUGAGCUGUGCGAGGCCAAGCAUGUGCAGGAUCUGUGCCGAAUCCGUGAGUCGGUCAGCGAGGAGCUGCUGCAGCUGGAGGCCAAGAGGCAGGAGCUCAACGGGGAGAUUGCCCGACUCAACCUGCGCAUUGAGGCCUGCAAGCGCAGCAUUGACAGCGCCAAGCAGGAUCUGCUGCAGCUGAAGAAUGUCAUCAGCCAGACAGAGCAUUCGUAUAAAGAACUAAUGGCCCAGAACCAGCCCAAGUUAUCGUUGCCAGUCAGGCUGCUGCCAGACAAGGAGGACCCAGGACUGCCGCCACCGAAGUCUGCACGCUCCUGCCGCCUACGCUCCUGCUUCGACUAUGCGCGCUGCCCGCUUACGUCUGGGUUUCCUGUGUAUGUCUACGACACAGGCUCCUAUCCAUGGGCGGACUAUCUUGACCCACUAGUGAAGCAGGCUUUUGCAGCGUCAGUUAAGAGCAACAUUUAUGUAACUGAUAACCCUAGCAUUGCCUGUCUGUAUUUGGUGCUGGUAGGGGAGCUACAGGAGUCAUCCUCCUCCCCGCUGCCAUCUCCUUCAGAGCUGGAGAAGCAACUAAAAGCUCUUCCUUACUGGAGAUCUGAUGGACAUAACCAUGUGCUGGUGCAUCUCUCUAGAAAGUCCAUGACACAGAACUUCCUGUAUAAUGUAAGCACAGGACGAGCGGCAGUCGCUCAGUCCACAUUCUUGGAGCAGCAGUACCGUGAGGGCUUUGACUUGGUUGUGUCCCCACUGGUUCAUGCCCUCUCAGAACCAAACUUUUUGGAAGUGCCCCCUCAAGUUCCUGUAAAGAGGAAAUACCUCUUCACCUUCCAGGGGGAGAGGGUGGAAUCACUGAGGAGCAGCUUACAGGAGGCACCCCCUCACUCUUUUGAAGAGGAAAUGGAAGGAGACCCACCGGCUGACUAUGACGAUCGUAUUAUAGGCACUUUAAAGGCGGUGCAGGACAGCCACUUGGAUCAGGUGCUGGUUGAGUUCACCUGCAAGAACCCGCGACCAAGUUUGCCAACUGAGUGGGCCCUUUGUGGAGAGAGGGAGGACAGGCUAGAGGUACUCAAGGCUUCAACUUUUGCCUUGGUGAUUGCUCCAGGUGAUGGACAGCUGGUGGCUUCAGCAGGCUGUGGGAUGAGGCUCUUUGAGGCACUAGAGGUAGGGACUAUUCCGGUCGUGUUGGGGGACCACUCCAGACUACCAUAUCACCAGUUUAUUCGAUGGAGUGAAGCUGCCAUCAUAGUCCCCAAGCCUCGUGUCACAGAGCUACACUUCCUGCUGCGCAGCCUAUCAGACAAUGACAUGUUAGCUAUGAGGCGGCAGGGCCGCUUCCUGUGGGAGGCCUAUUUCUCCACCUCGGAGAAUGUUCUUAACACCCUCCUGGCCAGCAUCAGAACCAGUAUCCAGGUUCCUGCUGCGCCCAUCAAAGAAGAGCCCGCCCACGAGAUUCCUCACAAAGCAGGGAAGCUGGCAGGAACUGACGCUAACCUGGCUGACAAUGGGGAUCUGGAUUUGGGUCCUGUCGAGACAGAGCCCCCGUACGCCUCUCCACGCUUUCUGCGCAACUUCACAUACACAGCUGCAGACACCUAUAGAGCAUGGAACCGGGCCCCGGGGCCUUUCCAUCUGUUCCCUCACACUCCUCUGGACCCUGUGCUUCCCUCUGAAGCCAAAUUCCUCGGUUCAGGUACUGGUUUCAGGCCUAUUGGUGGGGGUACAGGAGGCUCUGGGAAGGAGUUUCAGGCAGCUCUAGGAGGGAAUGUGCCCCGAGAACAGUUCACCGUGGUCAUGUUGACAUAUGAGAGGGAGGAGGUGCUGAUGAACUCUCUGGAGAGGUUGAAUGGACUGCCGUACCUCAACAAGGUAGUGGUGGUGUGGAACUCGCCCAAGCCUCCUUCAGAUGACCUACUGUGGCCAGACAUUGGCCUCCCGAUUGUGGUCGUCCGAACAGAGAAGAACAGCCUCAACAACCGCUUCCUUCCCUGGGACGCCGUGGAAACCGAGGCCAUCCUGUCGAUUGAUGAUGAUGCUCAUCUCCGCCACGAUGAGAUCAUGUUCGGGUUCAGAGUGUGGCGUGAGGCCAGAGAUCGCAUCGUAGGAUUCCCUGGGAGGUAUCAUGCAUGGGACGUCAACCAUCAGUCCUGGCUCUACAACUCUAACUACUCCUGUGAGCUCUCCAUGGUCCUGACAGGAGCUGCGUUCUUCCAUAAGUACUACGCCUAUCUGUACUCCUACGUGAUGCCCCAGGCCAUCAGGGACAUGGUGGACGAGUACAUAAACUGCGAGGACAUAGCCAUGAACUUCCUGGUCUCUCACAUCACCCGCAAACCACCCAUAAAGGUAACAUCUCGUUGGACUUUCCGCUGUCCCGGUUGCCCUCAGGCCCUUUCACAUGACGACUCGCAUUUCCACGAACGCCACAAGUGCAUCAACUUCUUCGUCAAGGUGUACGGCUACAUGCCACUGCUGUACACGCAGUUUCGAGUGGACUCCGUGCUGUUUAAGACUCGUUUACCCCACGACAAGACCAAGUGCUUCAAGUUCAUCUAGCAUCGGGCUGAGUGGCCCAGCAAAGAGCCAAAAGCAGAGUGGAUUGAAGGACUGGAAGUAUUUUAAAAAGAACAGCAGUUCCCACUGUGAGCAGUGAUGAAGAUGGAUGGAUGGACUGCCACAUAAAUGCACAGAAGGACCGUUUGGGGUUAGGAUGUUGCCCAGGGGGAUAGACAAGUUAACCUUAAAAGCUGUUGGCUUGUGGUGUACUGAAAAUACACUGAAAAUUGAGUGGAAGCGGAAAGGGACCACUGCCAACAAAAUAAGCCUUUUCAGAGUGGAUGUCACUCCUCCUUGUUCAUGUUCUUCAAUCACGCUCAAUCAUCAACCACUACAGAUGUCAUUUGCACCUCUUAACGGCCUGCUGAGGAAAGAGGGCAGUUGUACACAGUGUACAGAAACUCUCCCACAAUAAACGCUACCUGAAAAUGGAGCUAGCAGUUACUGAAUCACUGACAGACAUUCUGCCCGGCUGCCUGUUGACGGUUUUAGCUAGGAGAGCAAAAGUGGCAAUGGCACAUGGCUGCCACUGUUCUGUUGUUUUGUUUUUUCCAUUUUACCGUUACAAACUGUACUUCUUGUACAUGUAUGUGAGAAGCACUGAUGGUCAGAAGUAUUUUAUUGAACACUCUUUCUUUUUUUUUAAAUAAUGUUGUUUAAAUAUGUAAAUCUCUAUGUCGACAAACGCAUUUUCCAGAACCUCUGCCUGUGGGAGAUCAGACACAGACAGUGUUAGUCUGAGAACAAGAUAGGACCUCGACUGAAGAGUUUUGACCAGGUUGAGCCCAAUCAUGUUUAGUAGUGUCACGUGUUCAAGAAAGAACUCACUUCAGCGGUCACCAUAAUGCCUCAAAUUUGUCAUGAAAACCAGCCACCAUGUUGUGAUUUUGUUAUGCUUACAGGAUCUGCACUCUUUGAGUGUUUAAAAUUGCCUGUUUUUUACGCUAUAGGGUGUUUACUAAUGUUUGUAAAAAUCGGUCCGAGGUUGAAGUAGUCAUGUUUAAAUGUAAUAAUAUUAACCAAUCAACGGUUACAGUGUCCCUUACUGAAGUGCAACAAAGUCAAGAAUCACAGUUGCCAAAAUCAAUAAAACAAAGAGGUUUGGAUGUCUAUUUAAGGUUGUAAUUAUAAAGAAAGUCUCCGGUGAAGUUAAUUCUACUUUUAGGAUUAUGAUAAAACAUUUCAGGGGACUUUAAGGGAAUAAUUUUGGGAAAUAUGUUUGAGAUAGAUGAGAGGAUUGAUAGCUUUGUCAAAUCUGUCCGUGAAAUAUGAAGCUGCAGCCGGAUAGCUUAGCUUAGCAUUAAGACAGCUAGCCUAGCUGUGUACACACGUGACAAAAUCUGUCUACCAUCACCUCUGAAGCUCACUAAUUAACACAUGAAAUCUUGUUUGUUGAUCUUAGAGAUUUUCCUUUCCCUGUUUCCAGUCUUUGUGCUAAGCUAACUAGCUGCAGGCUGGUAGACACAGACUACAGAUGCAGGAGUGGUAACGAUCUUCUCAUCUAACUCUCUACCAGAGAGCAAAUAAGCAUAUUUCCCAAACUUUUUGAACUGUUCUGCUCUCUUCUCUACAGUUUUGGCUUUGCAACAGAAGUACUAGAUAUAUCCUGUUUAUGUCACCCUCCUGUAUAGAACUUUCCCAGCAGUAUUGCCAUAUUGGUUUCACUUUGGAUUUUUUUUUUUUUUUUUUUUUUUUAACCAUUGCUUGAUGAAUGUUUUCUUUGCCAAAAAGGUACGGUGUUUGCUGCUUUACAGUGUAGUAUGCAGGGUGCACAGUGUGAAUGAUUGCUAAAGGGAUGCAGUCUGGUACACCCAUAUCCACUCUGCAUGGUACUUUACCAGGAGUCAAUCCAUUGGCCCUUCCCAUCAUGUAUUAUAAAUCCAGAGUCCUUUAUUUGACCUUGCCAGACUUAAUUCCUGUAAUCUGAAAAAAGCUCAACCUAAAAAGAUCCCUUUAAAAAAAAGAUAGAGAAAUGUUUAGGACAUUUUCCCAAAGUAGGUUCUAACUGUGAGGAUGGUUUUAAGAAACAGAAACUCUCAUAAGCCCGUGGCUCCUGUAUAUUUAUUGAAUAUAUUAUUUUUAAAAAAACAUUUUUUUUUUUUUACACUGAUGACACAAGACAUUGUAGUUUAUUAUUCCUAAUCGUCCCAACUUGAUCGAGCCGUCAGUUUAUUUCAUUGCCAAGGAAAACCAGCUUGUGCAACUGAAUGCUUCAGGGUGAACUUAACUGACCGUAGAGCAGCACUCAGGCAGGAAAAUGUGUUUUUAUAGACAGCAAGAUGACCCGUUCCUUAGAAAGAUCGACCUGUAACAGAAUCAGAGUCAUAAACUGAGCUUCUGCGUCUGUCAGUGGACAUGCAGAAAAGUGUCUUUGAAGCCAUCCCUACCUGCUCCAGGUGGGUGUUGCUGUUGCUCUUUGGACCCCUCAGUGACAUUUCAAAAUAUUUGACUGGGCAUGUUUAGCUUAAACGGAUUAAUGAAGAGCCAGAUUCCUAAAAAUAAAUACUGGUGUAAAAUGGCAAUACAGCUAAAAUAAAUCCAAAUUUACACUUCUGCUGCACGGCCUGGCUCCUCACCCUCUCACUUUUAUUGGUGCUCCAGGGGCCUUUAUAAUUAUCUGGGUGGCUCUUAAACUGUCCUCAGGGCAUAAAUGGAGUCAGCUGGUAUGUUGGAAGUUAAAAGCUGUCAUUCCUCCAGUCCCUGGUUUCUCCCCCACUAAGAUCUAUGGCACAGCUGGUUUUCCGUGGCCCAGAGCAGGAUACGCUUCCCUUGAAGGCCGCAGUCACUCUGCUAGGUGUAAGGAGUUGUGAAACUAUGUGCUCCUGGAUCUGAUCCACACCUGUGGGCAAGGCCUCAGCCACCUGCAAUGCUGCUUACACUGUACCAGACUGAUGACAGCGACAAACAUAACAUUGAAGGCCAGAUAAAUGGAAAUAAAAACACUCAACAUUGUUAAAACAUUA